UUUUUUCGUUCACUAUUCACCAUCUUUUUUUUUUCUCACUGACCAUUUUUUUUUUUUUUUUGUUCCGUUCUACUCUUUCCAUUAAAAUAUUUCUUUUUAUUAUAUUGUGAUUGAUAUAUAUUUAUCAUGGUGACUCAUCAACAAGUAGAUGCUGUGAAUAGGUUUUUACAUACAACAUAUGGACGUGAACGUACUUGUCGUUUGAUUCAAUAUUUUGCACGGUUUUAUGCCUUUUAUCUUACUCGUCAAGGUGCACCAAAAGUCACUGUUCAAAGAUGGAAUGAUUUAAAACAACACGUAGGCAAUGCUAGAAAAUUCUUCCGUUUAUUGAAACCCAUUGAAUUUGCUCAAACUGGUAUUAAGGCUUUGGAUACAAAAGACGAAGUGUUACGUGCUACUGGUGUUUUGAAACAACUGGGAAUGGGGCUUUAUUAUUCUGCUGAAGUAUUUGUUUUGACCAAUGCCAUUCAAUUUUAUCAACCCAAAAAUAUCAAACAAAUCACUGACUUUGGACAAAAAUGUUGGCUUUUGGGUAUCACUGCCUCACUCCUUUCUGGUAUCUACAAACUCAAACUUUUAGGUGUACGAUAUCAAAUGUUAGUAAAGGAACGUACUUAUCAUGAUAAUGAAAAGGAUGAUACUGAACUCAAGAAACGUGAAAUGGCAUUGGAAAAGGAACGUCAUAGUAUCACUUAUCAACUUGUACAAGAUGCUCUUGAUUUCACCAUUCCUUCUUCUGCCUUAGGUUGGCUUCCUCUGGAUGAUGGUAUAGUUGGUAUUGCUGGAAUCAUCACUUCUUUGAUGUGUAUGAAUACUCAAUGGCAAAAAUCCAACCCUUAGUUUAGAUUCUUUUUUUUCUUUUAUUCCUCAUUCCCUUCCUAUCUUUUUUCUUUUUUUUUUUUCUUACUUUUUGUUAUUACCCAAUGAAUAAACAUACGUUGUCUUUUAA